AACAAAAACCCUUCCUCUCCUCUGCCAUUCAAUUCAAGUUCGUCUCUCUCAAAACUCAAAAAAGUACAAGACUCUGCUACACACGCCUACAGCGUGGCUGCCCCCACGCCACUGCCACGGAAUAUACAUAUAAAUGUGAUGCCAAGUGUAUGUAUUGAUAUACAACAGGAGAGGAGAAAGGGAAGAAAUAGAAAUCAUUGUUACCGCUAAAAUGGCUGAAACUGAGAAUUCAUCACCCGAAAUAUUCGUUCCUGAAGAAUGGUCUAAUGCAGCGGAAGCCAUAACCAAUAAUUCAGAUUAUUCAAACCCUCCAUCUGUUUUUGUUUGCGGCCCCAAAAACAGCGGCAAAACCACUUUCUCCCGCCACCUCCUCAAUGUCCUACUUCGAAGGUAUAGCAAAGUUGCUUACCUGGAUACUGAUGUUGGGCAGACGGAAUUUACUCCUCCUGGUCUUCUAUCGCUUAUUGUGGUUGACAAAGUAACUCCAGAUUUGACAAUUCCAUGUCUCAAAACCCCCGACAGAUGCUUUUUCUUCGGUGACAUUUCCUCAAAAAGGAACCCAACGGCUUAUUUGACAUGUAUAUUUUCCCUGUAUGAUCACUAUCGAAAGCAACACUGUAUGAAAAGCACGAUUGACAGCCAUGAUAGUGCUGGACUGCCACUUGUCAUAAAUACCCCUGGCUGGGUUAAAGGUAUUGGUUAUGAAAUACUGGUGGACAUGUUGAAGUAUAUUUCUCCUACACAUGUGGUUAAAAUUUGCAUAUCGUCUGAGAUCAAGAACUUACCAGCUGGGGCAUUUUGGUUAGACGAGGGAAAUACUAAUAGAGUUACUGUCAUUGAGAUCAAUUCUGCUCGUCGGGACCAUUUGAAGAGAUCGUUGCUCGUACAAAAAGAUUCUCGUCUUCUGAGAGAUCUACGUGUAAUGGCAUAUUUCAGACAAUGCUUUCCUAGUGAGAUGAAUAUCUCCACAAUUAAGGAACUAGCUCAUGCAUUAGCCGCACACCCUCCAUAUGAAAUUUCUAUAUCUAGUGUCAAAAUGAAACACGUUCAUUGCGAGGUACCAAAGACUGAAACGUUCUACUGCUUGAAUGCGACUAUUGUUGGUCUGGCAGUUAGUUCUGGAGUUUCUGAUGAAUUACCUCAUUGUGUUGGCUUGGGAAUUGUGAGAGGCAUUGACACUUUCAAAGGUUUGCUCUAUGUUAUUACCCCCGUUCCACAGCAGACUCUGGAGAAUGUUGAUCUUUUGCUUCAAGGCUUCAUUUCAAUUCCUACUUGUUUACUGCAGGUUCAAGGCUGUAUUUCCCCUUAUAUGUCAGCAAAUGUUCUAUCUACUAAUUAGGAGCGAAGGCCAGUAGUCGAAGUCCAAGAGUUUUUAUACAGUCUCUUCUACAACUAUCCGAGAUGUUAGCUUCUUCACUUUUGUCACGUUUGACAUUUAUUGCUCUAGACACUCAAUUUACGUAAUUUAUAGAUCGAAAAACAUGUUACAAUGAGUUACUGUACCAACCUAAUUGUUGUUCACGAGUCUUGCGUACUAGACAUGUUAUGGUUGUCCAUGUAUGUGCUUGUGAACAUUAAUUUACCGCAGCAGGUCGAAUUUAACUUUUA